AUCACCGUUUAAGAAUAGUAUGCUUUCAUAAUUACGAACUUUGUGAAACAUCAACGGCUGUUUUGAAGCUGUAAAUUAAUAAGGCCGACGCUCUGUUACUCCCAAAAGCGGUGGUAAAAACAGUAAAUUAGAUGUUGCACAGCAUGUUCCGAAAACUCGCUUUAUUUGGUGCUCAGACAACUUUGUGUGCGUCGUUGGACGUACGCUCAAUAAAUCACGAUGAAUGGGGCCUUAGAUUCUAAAAUCGUGUACACGUCAUUGGAAACAAAGCAAAAAUCAUUCAACAGUUAUAGCAACCAACAGUUAUACACAACCCACUGCACUAUACGUGACAUAACUUCCUAACUGAAUGUUUGUUAAUGCGCUACUGUGACCGACAACUCCUACGCGAUGGCUUCUCAAUUAGUGUCUCACAAACUUCACCAAGUUUUCUCACGUGCUUUUUGUUUUACAAAACACAGGGCUUGGUAUGGAUGUUUACAGCGGGCAAAUGGGAAUUACAAUCAAGCAGCAAUGGCCACCAGGGGAAUAUCCUCAGCACUUGGGUUGAAUAGACAACCAAGCACCCCAGAGCAGGUACCAUCAGAGGCUGAUGUUGUAGUCGUCGGGAGUGGAAUAGUAGGGACAAGUUUGGCUUAUUUCUUGGGGAGUAUGGAUGCUGCUAGGCGUACCCCUGGACAGCCUCCCCUCAGGGUACUGGUCAUCCAAGGAGAUGACAACUUUGCAGAAACUGCCUCCUUCAGUUCGUUUGGUGGUAUUCGUCAGCAGUUUUUGACGCCAGAGAAUAUCCUGAUGCCAUUGUUUACUUCUAACUUCGUCAAAAACGCUCAGAAAAAUCUUCAUGUUGAAGGCGAAGAUGUCCCAGAUGUUGAGUGGCGUGAACAGGGCUACCUUUUCUUGACCUCUGACCCAACUAUCGCCGAGAAGAUGGUAACGGGCAACAAACUACAAAGGGAGUUAGGGGCUCAUACUGACCUGCUGACACCAGAUAUGAUCAAGGAAAGAUACCCGUGGGUCCACACAGAUGAUGUUCUCCUUGGAUCGUUAGGUUCGAAAAAUGAGGGUUGGUUAAACUCGACGAAAAUGAUGGCGGCCCUUCGACUUAAAUCCCAGUCGCAAGGAUGUAGAUUCAUACAUGGUCGUGUGACUGGUUUUGGUAUCCAGGGUAUUAAUGGAGACUCCAAUCUUGAUUAUGAUUGUGAAACGGCUGAUCGAAGAGUUCAGUCAGUUCAGGUUAAGCUGGCAGACAGCACUAAGAAUGAAACUGUUGAGAUACGAAGUUCAGCCGUUGUUCUUGCUGCUGGUGCAGCGAGCAAGGCUCUCGCGAGAUUAAUGGGUAUAGGGGAGGGUCCAGUAGGGUCACUUCUACACUCUCCGAUACCAAGUGAAUCUGUAGUACGUCAUGCCUUCAUCGUACACAUUCCUGGUGGCUUGGGCCCUGUAGACACACUGCCGUUCUUUGUGGAUAUCAAGGGUACCUAUUUCAGGCCAGAUUCACAGCUGCAUGAUCACUUCGUCAUAUGUCGUGGUCCAAAGGAAGGGGUUGUUCAAGCCUGGAAUGAAGUGGAUUACGACUUGUACAAUGACGCCAUCUUUCCAGAGCUGUCACAUCGUAUUCCAAAAAUGAAGAAGAUGAAGGUUGUGAAGGGCUUCAGUGGGGCUUACGAUGCAAACAGCUAUGACAGCAACUCAAUCAUUGGUGGUCAUCCAGCAUUCACAAAUCUCUAUAUGGCAACGGCCUUUAGCGGACACGGUACCAUGCAAUCAGCAGCUGCCGCAAGAGGGCUCUCUGAGCUGAUUCUCUUUGGGGGUUAUCGAACUCUGGACCUUUCUAGGUUUGGGUUUGAACGGUGUAUGGCAGUGCAAGAACACUCCAUCGAAAGUGAGUUAAACUUCUGUUAGUAAUAGCAAUGUCAUAAGGUUACCGGUCUUGCUUUAUCCAUGCGUCACGCAAGAUGGCACAGAGACACUUUUUUAAAUAACAAACCAUGAGACAGAUUUGAAAGAGCAUGGGUGUUGGGAGUUAGAUACACAUAUGAAAAUAGGGGGAAAUAAACAAUUGAAAUAGUAAUCAUAAAAAUAACGGUUUUGUAAUAAAUCAAGGCGAAACAUUACGCCUGAGGAAAAUGUCUGGCGAGAAAGAAUAAAUAAAAAAUAAUGACAAUUUAUAUAGCGCCUGUCCUUGAAACAUGCUCCUGGGCGCUGAACAAUUGAAAAGAAAACAUAUUAAUAUCCGUACAGUGAUAAAAACUAUAAAAACUCAGAGAAAAUACAGUUAAAAUGUAAUUUAAAAAAAUCGGAACCGGUACACCAAGAAUUAAACACGGCGAGGGUAAACACUAAUUAAAGAGCUGGCAGUGAUACAGGAAAUAAAUAUGUUAAAGGUUUCUAAUCUUAGAUAAGUUGAAUUAACACAAAUUAAUCAAAAUGAGAGGAGACAUUAUGAGAAAAAGGAAAGUUUAUUGGCAACGUGGUUGUAGUAAAAGGUCACAGUGUAAUAUAAUUUUUUACUUAACAGAUACAUUUAUUAAACACAGCACUGCCCUUAAUAAACUUCAUGUGGCAAGGUGUUUGUUUCUUUCAUUAUUAGGGACUUUUCGUUUUCGACAACGAAUG